GAUAUGGAAAUACUGCGGAAAUAUAAACAAAAUGGAUAUUUUACACCGGAAUUGUUUCAUUUACUUGAUAAGAAAAGAGUUGUGGAUGGUACAGAAGAAAUCAUACCAUCUGCGUACGAAAGAGAAAUGCGGAUGAGCACAUCUGAACGAUUGCAAACUUUAAAUAGUAUUUUGAUAGACAAUAUUAUUAUUACUGAAAACGAUACGAAAAUACGCCAACACGUUAUAUUGUCAUUCACACCAAAAAUAAUAAUAUUCCAAAAUUAUAAACCGAACGAAAAAGUAAUUGCUAAAUUCCUAGUCAAGAAUAUUAGCACUACUCCUACUUACCUGAAAAUGGUGUUUAAAGAAUCUUCUUAUUUCUCCGUAAAACUGAAUCGAGACCAGCCUGUAUCCAGAUUAGCUCCCGGCAUGAACAUUGCUUAUGUUGUCACAUUUGUACCCACACAAAUGGAGGACUACGUUCAUAGAGUUGUGUUUUACACCGAUCGGGAUCAAUAUGUUUUACCCAUAAUAGGUAUUGGUCCUAAGCCUAUACUUAAUUUACCGGACAACUUAGUGCUCCCUAAGGCUCCUUUGAAGGUGGAGAGUAGUUAUUUACUAACAAUCUGUAACAUUGGUGCGGUACCUGCCGGAUUUACGUUAGAAGCUAAAUGUCCUUUUUCUGUAGAACCGAAAUCAGCAUAUCUAAAUUGUGACGAGAAAAUUGAAAUUAAAGUUACAUUUAAAACUAUGCACUUGGGAAAAGUUGAAGGCACAUUGCGAGUUAUGUUUGAAACAGGAGAAAUUUUUAAAAUAGCAUUAUCGGGUACAGCGCACACUGUUAACGUACUAUUAGAAAAGCAAAUUGUUAGAUUUCCCGAUACAUAUAACGGUAUGGUGCGACAACAAACAUUCAAAAUUACCAACAAAUCUGACUACGUUCUUACUUACGUCUGCAUGAAGAAUGAAUCUGUCUACUAUGAUUUCAAAGACAAAAUCAAACUUGCGACUGUGUUUUACAAUAUGAAGGAGAGUGAGGCCGCUAAAUGUGCGAAGUUAGUUCGCUACGACGUCCUGAGCAGCACAGAGCAUGACAGAGUUUACACUAGAAUAUUCUAUGAUGAGAUACAAGCUCUUGUUGCGGAUGAAACUUUAUUAUUUCAGAAUACACAUUUCUCAAUGUCUCCUAUCAAAGGUCAGCUAUGGCCAAAUAAAACUACAGAAAUAGAUAUAACAUUCGCUCCCAAACAUAUAGGAGACCUAGAUGCGUUAGUAUAUCUAGAUAUAGAUGGCGUUAGUGAUCGAGUUAUGUUGAAGUUAACCGGCACGUCGCUGCCGCCCACGAUACAUCUGAAUCUCGAAACACUCGAUAUGAGUUCUGUUUAUAUUAAUAUACUGUAUAACUACGAAAUAAUUGCUAUAAAUAAAGGUCAUAUAAACGGCGUUAUUGCAUACAAAGAUGUGGUAACACUCUUCGGCAGUAAAAUAACAUGUACUCCGGAGUAUCGAUGUUUGAGACCGGGUGAAAAGGACAUUUUCGUCGUUUCAUUCUUUAAUUCUAACCCUGGACCUUUUUUUGAAGAGAUUAAUUUUGUCAUACGCGACACAGAUGUAAAGCUUAAAGUUUACCUAAAAGGCACUGUAAUCUAUCCGUCAAUAAAAUUCAGUGUACCAUCAUUGGAUUUUGGUGAUGUCAGCUUAGGUGUUCCAAAAACUCUAUCAUUGGACAUAAUAAAUGAAUCCAACGUACUUGUCUCUGGUACCGUUUCUAUACCGUCAGACGGCUUGGAAAUUAGGAGCAUUACUUUGACAGAUUACGCUGUAAAUGACAUCCCCAAACCGGAGUUGCCAACAACGCCGCAAGAAUUUAAAAUCGAACCUAGGAAAAUAAUAAUUGACCCUGAAUCUAUUUUUACAGUCAAGAUUACUUUGACAGCAAAUUUGAUAAGAAUCAAUAACACAUCAUUUGAGUUGGAGUUUGAGAAGUCAGACAAAAGACCGAUAGUGUUGCCAGUGACGUAUAAUGCUAUGGUACCACAGAUUACACCAGCGCCAGAUUUACACUUGAGAGCAUGUUUCAGGGGUUUCCCAUAUGUUAAUGAUGUAAACAUACAGUCUAACAAUUUUCUGGGCUACUUUGUUGUGGAAGAACCCGAGGAAUCAAUAUUUGACGUUAAAAUUGAUUUAAAGGAAGGUUACAUAGAACCGAUCAGCACAACAUGUUUUAAGCUUACGACAACGGCUACUGCCCUCGGAUCCCAUGAAUUUCCUCUGCGGUUACGUCUUUUCGGUGUACCAGACCCGAUUCAAAUAUGUUAUGUAUCGGGUUACGGCGUCAGUCCGAUAGUAACUUGCAGUCCGACAUUCCUUCACUGGGGCCAAGUGAAACUGCUUAAGAAAUCACAAAAAACUUUAAUUCUUUGCAACGAUUCCCCAGUUGAAGUAAAUUAUAAGACAUCUUGGUUUAAUCGCGAGUGUAAAUGGCAAAUUGAACCUGAAGAGGGUGUUGUAGAGGCGGAAUCAGAAAUAAAUCUGACAGUUAGUUUGACUCUGGUUGACGCUGAGACCUAUAACAAUAAAGUUGUUAUACAAUUGGAAGAUAUGAAAGAUAUCUUGGUUCCAGUUACAGUAACGGGAGUGGGUACGAGCAUAGUGAUAGGAGAUUUGGGAGACAGGAUUGAGCUCGGUCAUCAUUUCACACGAAUUCCGUUGAAUUGUAAAAUAAUGAUGGAAAAUCGAGGCACACGCCUACACGCGUUGGAGUGGAGCGAACAUUACAAGACGCCGAAAAACAAACAGCAGGCUGUAGCAUUUUUUAAUCUAGAACCCAGGACUUUUAAAAUGAAUGCUGGUGAACAAUUGGACUUGACUAUAACUGGUCUUUCGCACAAAGUGACCGUAGUAAAAGAGAUAUGGUAUUUAGUGGGCAGCAUCGAGGGUGUUAACAAGAAGGAACUAUUGCUUGAAUGCAAAAUUACAGCAGAGUUUGUUGAUCCCAAAAUAGAAAUAUCUACGCCUUCAAUGGAUUUUCAGUAUGAUAAUGGUCCAUAUAAUGAAUAUUAUAGAUUAACAGACAUCCUCAUAAUAAAAAAUGUAUCAACACUACCGUUGGAUUUAGAGAUUACUAUAAAACCACCCUUUGCUCUUAUACAAAAGCAGAGUUCAUAUAAAAUUAUACCAGGCGAGGAAGAUUUAUGCCAUUGUAUAACUUAUACGGAAUCCGAUUUAAAAUUAUGUAAAAUCACAGCCGACAAUAGUCGAGAAGAAACAGCUAAAUUGAUAGAUUUCUUAACACUGCAACCAGUUUAUCCAUUACGUCAGGGAAGUUUGCAGUUUUUUGAAGACAUACAUAAAAUAAAACGUAUCUUCAACUUGACUCAUAUCAUUGAGGAACAUUUGGAGGAUCAAGAAAUGAUGAAAGUACAAGCUUUAUUCGAUACAACGAAACACACGUCUUUAAAGGCUCGAAUUUAUAGUGAUGCCAUCAAAAUAAAAUUCAAGGGCCACAAAAAUAAGGACUCUGUAAAAGUUGUCGGAAAAAUAAAUUUCCCCAAUAUACUUGUUCUAACACCGAAAAUUGAUUUUCAAUGUCUACUGAAUGACUACAUUGAGGGUAAGACAAUAAAAAUACAAAACGUCACUCCACUGAUUGCUUGUUAUCAGCUCAGUUGGAAAAAGAUCUUAAUAUCACCGAUUGCAUCCACCAUGAUUCGACCAACUAAUUUACGGGAAAUUGAUGGUAUGCCAAUAAUAACUGAAUUAAGCCCUUCAUUAUCCAGUGCAUACUUACCUUAUCAAGCCGAACUACUUUCUUACGAAGUAAAUAACACCAAUAGUUCAAUUGCCACAACAAUUCAAACAGAACCAGAACCAAAACUCAAUAUGAAACUUAAAGAUAAACUUAUGAAAACAGUUUUACCAAUGUUAGACGAUCAAUUUGAACCGAAGUUUAAAUGGCUACAUAAAUUCCCUGAGACGAAUGAAGUAGAAGGUGAUCUUGUAAAUAGUCUAUUGAUUUUGAUACCACAUAGAGGUAAAUUGAAGCCGAAUGAAGUACAGUAUAUAAAUGUGAUGUUCCGACCGAGGAUCAACAUGAACGCAAGAGCUGUAAUAGAAUGCCAAGUACUAGGUGGACCAACAGAAUACAUAACAGUGACAGGACAAUCGUCUUAUUUAAUGUACACUCUGAGUACAACAAAAAUAAAUAUGAAAAUAAGAUCAUUCCAUGAAAAUGCAUUUGAAUACUUGCGUAUUAUAAAUAAAGCGCUUUUACCUUUUGAAUUUAAAACUUAUUUGAAUGAACCGAAAUUUGAAAAUGAUUUAUACGGUACGAUUUUGGACAUUGUACCCGCUGAUAAAUUAUUACAAUCGGAAGAAACGACCGAUAUAAAAGUAUUCACCAGACCUGGAGUACUGGGAUAUUUUAAGAGACAGUUUUUAUUGGAAAUCGGUCAUUUACCUGUGAUUCCAAUAAAAGUUUACGGUUGGGGGGUCAUACCGCAAGUUUAUUUGACAAUUCCGAGACCAUUCUUAAGUGAAGCCGAUAUGGAGCUAGGAUACUUCGCAGUCGCCAUGUUGACUGAUGCGUAUCUUGAAUCUCUUAAUGCAAUGUUUAAGAAGCCUACAUCUGAACAUUUAAACUCACCAUUGAUUGAAAGAUGUUUUGAAGAUCCCAUAUUUACACAAGACUGGCAUUUGUGCUCUACAUUGGACGCUUAUCCAUCUAUAAUGGAUAUAGAAAUGGCAAUAGAAAGGAUAUUAGUAAUGAAUUAUCUACGAUUGCAUCCAGAAAUACUCGUUCCGCACUCGUCUUCUAGUAAAACAAGGCCUAUCGCGGGUUUUAACACUGUUCCCUACGUAAUAGAUUACGGUGUAGUUAUUACUGGAUGUUCGGUUGAUUACACUAUUGAAGUAUUUAACUACGGACCGUUGGUCACCAAACUGCAUUUGAGCAAAAACACUGUUGUGCCAGAUUUUUUAAUUUUAAAAUUAUGCGGAAAAUUGAGUCCCGGCGAAGUCGGAUAUAUUGAUAUCACUUUUAACUCUGACAGUGAAAAUUUUCCUGAACCGGAACAGAAUGUUGAAGUUUCGAUUAACUUAGAGGUACCGUACGGUGUUACAAUUCCAGUGAAGUUCAAAGCACUAUGCGCAGUUCCUUAUUUGGUAACCAGCAUUCAAUCAAUAGAUUUUGGUUCCGUUAAAUGUGGUCAUAAAGUUAUUUAUUCAAUACCUCUGAAAAACGUAGGGAAGCCUGUAUGUAUUUGGUACGCUACAUUAAAGCUCAAAACCUCCGGCAUCAAUCCUAUAACAAUAUUAGACAGUUCGGCGAAAUACGAACCUGGAGAGAGCGGUUGGUUUAGUAUUGCUUUCAAGCCGACAGUGGAGAUGACAUUCGAAGGUUUAAUAAUAUUUAGAUUCCAUAUGAAUCCAAAACGCAUGACGAUACCAUUCAUAGGUAAUGGCGUGAUGCCGCAAGUCCAUGUUAUCGGGCCGAGUAUAAGUUUUCCACCAACGUUACCGUGGGCUGAAACUACGGAACAUUUCUUCGGACUUACAAAUCCUUGUCCGUUCCCGAUUGAACUUAUUAUAGCUCAUAGCGAUACAAAAAUUAAAAGUCCCAAAAAAACACCUCGGUCACACGAACCAUCCCCAAAACGACAAAGGACCGAAGCUGAAGUGAUGGCAGACGAGCUACGUUUAAUGAAAGAAAAUAAAAUAGAUCCAUUACAAGAGUGUUUACACGAACAAACUGCAAAGGAUACACAAAAUGAAAGACAGACUACAGGUCUAAUUGUUUUCUUCCACGGAUCUCCAGCCGAAGGUGAAUUAUUGUGAUACUGACGUCAUAGUGUAACUAAGCGACUUCUAAAGUGACCAUUAAAUGAGUCUUGAAUAUGUUAAGAUGCUAUUAUUAUAAUUUUAGAGGGACAAUGUCAAGAAAUUGCAUAUUCAGUGGGAAAACAUCUUAAAUUACCUACGAUAAGUAUUGAUAUGUGUUUUGUUGAUGCUCUUUGCAUCAGUAAUACGUCAGCCAAAGAGAUUUUGGUUAAAGUUAUUGAUGAAAUGUAUGAGAUCUCUAGAAUGGGAAUGAGGAAAGAAGAUGCAGGGGAAACAGAAGUGGACUUGGAAGAAUUUUUCGACACUGGUGAUGAAUUUGAAACGUUAUUAAAAAAGCUUGACGUUAUAACAAAUAGCAAAUCAAUAGCAACUCCAAAAUCAAAAGUCAGCGACAAAAAGAAGAAGAGAUCAGCCUCGUCUUUUGUGUCGCAAACUUUACUGGAUGCAAUGGGAUCUACAACUAUGUUUAAUUUGGAAUUAAUACAAGAUCUAAUGACUGACUACUUUAAUCAGCCUAGAUUUAAUCGAGGUUUUGUUAUUGAUUCAUUAACAAGUUUCAUAUUUAAAAGUCCUCCGGUUGUUCUAACGACCGUUCUUAAAUGCAAGUCUUCAAUAGCGGACAUACACUUGGUGCUAUGUCACUCUACCUUCACCAAAUGGACUCAGCUAUUUGAAGAGUCGCAAAAAGAAGAAGAUUUAUUAGAAGAAAAUGUACCAAAAGUAUAUACCGAAGAUGAAAUAAAAGAAAUAGUUGAAGAAUUUGAAAAUAUGAGUUAUGAAGAAUAUGAGUAUGCGAGUCCUGUAUUAAAAUCUGUUUACAUUACAUAUGGCUUAGAAGAGAGACGUAAAAAGUAUUUAUUAAGAGUAGGAACCUCUGAUGAUAAUAUAAAGAAAGAUAAAGAUGGAAAGGAUCGUAGUGCCAGAUCUCUGUUACCUACAGCAAGUGGCGACGAAUCAAAAAAGAAAGCAAAAAAGGAAGAUGUAAAAGUAAAACCAAACAGCGAAUAUAUGGCAAUGAAUGUCAAAUACAAUGAAUAUAAUAAAAAUGUCUACGAUAGUUUAUUCAAUAUUGCAAAUAACUGGAUAGUGGAUCAGUGUGACAUGGGAUAUCCACUGAUUGGUCUUAACGGACAGGUCGUGCAAUCAAGUCAAAAGAAAAUAAAAAAGAAAUCUGAAUUGUUAAUACAGACGUCAGAAGAAUCAUUCACUGGACGAGGAUUUCCAUUGACGAUUCUAAUGUGCCCAUGUUCAGAGUCUAAGUUAGCUCUGAUUAACAUGUUCCUUAAUUCCGACACAGUGAAAGAGGCUUUAAAGAAAGAGGAGAUGAUUGACACUCUUAAAUACCCAAUUAAGAAAAAGGAAUAUACAGUUUUACUACCAAAAUCUUUUCCGACAAUUCACGAUGAAGAGUCACUAGCUUGGCGCUAUUUAGAUGAAUUAGCAAUCAAAAAAUGUGAAUGUAAUCUUAUCAAUGAUCUUAGUAUAAUCGAUGAUUUAUGUCAAGAUAAUGUUUUAAACAUACUAUCAAAAUGGCACUGCACUUGUGGUAAAAAGGUGACUUCGUCUCAAACGUCUACAACUGAGAUACCGUUUACAUCGUCGACACGGAUUUCCACCGACAAAAGCGAUAUAGAUGUCUUUUAUCCUUUACCUCUGGGAAAAGUUAGAUCAACAAUUGAUCGAGACCAUCGCAUUAUAUUGCAACCAGGUGAUUUAGUAAGAUGUAAAUAUACCUUUAGCCCAAAGGUUGAAGGUAAUUUUAAUUUAAAACGAUAUGUAGAAGUCAAAGGAUGGCCGGCUUCCCAAGCUGUGAUUACUGUUAGCGGUAUUUGUGAUGUACCAAGAUUGGACAGCCGCCCGAAAAAAAUGUUCAAAGAUUUUGUCAGAAGAACAGUGGAAGAUAAGAUAUAUAAAGUAACAUAUUUAGAUGAUGCUAAAGUAUUUCAAUUUGGUCCGAUCUUCACAGGCAAUCAUCGAAUAUAUGAAGAGACGUAUUCAAUUGAUUUGAAGAAUUCUUCCUUGAUCACCGCUUAUGUUGAGGUGGAAUUUUUGGGUGAAACUGAUGUUUUCCUCUUUGACCAACGCCGUUUAACAUUAGAGCCGGAAAGUCGAGGAAAAUUAACAAUAUCAGCUGCGCCUGCGGAGGUGGGAGAACACAAGAACGUUCUCAUGUUUUGUGUCAAGAAUAAUCCGGAGAUUGUCACAGUGAACAUAGCUUGUAGCGGAGUUGUGCCGAUAGUUGAAGUAUUGCCAAGUACCAAAAUUAUUGAUUACGGUAAACAUUUACUUUACCGUCGCAAAGAUGACAGAUUUAUCGUCAAAAACGAUUCCAUUUUACCAGUAAAAUGGAAAAUAAGAAACGCUGACGAUUUCCUGGAAGAUUUUAUAAUAUCACAAACGUCUGGUAUCAUACCUAGAUAUGACAAUCAAGUAGUACCCGUAACUUACAUAGCUUGCCGAGUUGGAGUCAUAACACACAAGAUGUUGACUGUUGAUAUAUAUGACGCAGAAGGGCGAGGUGACCCAAUGAUCGUGGAUUCCUUAUAUCUUUCGGCCGAAUGCUAUGAUGUGAUGGUAGACUGCGCUUACGAAAAUGUAGCAGAAAGCUUUCUCAACUUUGGAAAUGUUAAAGUCAAUUCGACAGUUGCACGUGAAAUGUAUCUUUUCAACCGCGGGAAAUAUAAUAUUUUUUACAAGUUGAAGAAAGUAAAGAAUUUCCCAGAACCAGCUCUAUUGAAGUCUUUUGAAGUUAAUCCAGAAAGUGGAAUGUUGCCCGCUACAACGAAACUGGUUACUGUAGAAUUUGAAUGCACGCCAACCACUUCUUUAAAUUUGGUUAACGUUCCCGUCUACACUUGUACAUUGUUAGAUGGUAGCAAAACUCAAAUGAUUGUCGCUAAAUUCCCUAUCUGUGUUACAAUCGCAUCGUUUUAUAACACUUUUACCCUUUUUCCAUUGGGUGAAUUGAAUUUCCAUGUUCUGCCAGUUGGGGAAGGUGUAAAAAGAGACGUCAUUCUCAACAAUACCAGUAAAUGCCCAUUCAUUUAUGAAAUUAUUUUGCCGCCUGAAUAUCAAGUGGAUCCCGAUUCUGCAGUACAGCCAAAAUUAAAAGAUAACAAAAUAAAAAAUCCACCUCUGAGAUGCGGAAACUUUGUAAUAAUGAAUGAAGACAAUCUCCUCGCUCCUUCCACGAGUAGAGUUAUUCAAAUACAGUUUUUAGCGACAGCGCCAAAGAAAUUUGAAGAAACAAUACAUUUCGUUGUCAGCGAUACUUGCCCUGCGGAAGCUGAUGGAGUUCCGUUAAGAUUAGUUGGAACUGGAGCUCUACCUAUACUUGACUUUUGGAAUUUGGAAACUACAUUUAGAGAACAUAUGAUUGUUAAAAAUCUAUCAGAUUAUCCCGUCCCAGAGUCGUCACCACAUUGUGUUUUUGUUGAAGACAUUGUGACAUUAUAUUUCUAUGGCGUUGUCGUGAACACAAGUCACACGGGAGCGCUAGAUUUGUACAACAGUGGCUUAGUGCCUUGCGCUUUAACUAUGAAAUUACAUUAUCAAAAGAAUACCAACCAAGAAAUAUUUUACUUAGACAAAUAUGAAACUCAUAUUGAACCAUUGAUGCACAAAAAACUGAACAUUAUAUUCAAUCCGAAAGCUUUAGAGGAUUAUAGAGCAGUGUUAGAAGUAAAUUUAAAGAAGUUGGAGGGCCAAAAUCAAAGCUUUAGAAUAUGCGUAAUCGGAGAAGGUGUUAUACCAAGAAUACAACUAGUGACCCCCAAAGUAAAAAGUAAUAGAUUUACAAUGCUGCAGUUUCCAGUUACAUGCUUGGGUUCUGUCACAUGUCGGCAUGUAUCAUUCAAAAAUAUAAGUCCUGUGAAUGCCACAGUUAUUGCUGAUAUUAUAUCGUCAAUUGAUGAAGGGCGGCCAUUGUUUUGGCUUACAGCGGCGCCUGAUACACAUUUUGUAGUCCUCGAUGGAAACAAUGAUAAUGUGAAUGUCAGUUUAAAAAUAAAAAUAAAACCGAACGAAAUUGUAACACUUUACGUGCAUUUCAGUCCGUUACAAAAAGGGAGAACGCAUUGUGAUAUCGUACUUUCCGUUGUUAAUAAUCCAUUUGAAAAAUAUACGAUAUUAUGUGAAGCCGAAGCAUUCAUGGAAGACGUUAUACUAAUGGGACUCGAAAUGCUUUCGAUGGACAUCGACCUAGAGACAUAUAAAUGUUCAGAAAGAUCAACAGUAUCCACAACAGAUACGAGACGACGAAGCAAAUCUUCGUCAGACAAAAAGAAAUUGAAAUUUACCGAUUCAAAGAAAAGUAAAAAAGUUUCUCAAGCAUCCAUAAAACAUAGUGAAACUGAUUCUUUUGCUGAAACUCCCGUUCUUAAAUAUCUUUUGGACUUAGGUGGCUGUCAAUUAUGUUUUACACAAAAGAGGUCAAUAAUAAUGGCGAACAAUUCCGAAAAGGUGUAUAAAUUUAUUUGGGUCGAUUGCGACUAUGUUAUUGUAAGGCCGUCUACGGGAUAUAUUUCUCCAGGUGAAGAGAAAGACUUGGAAGUUAUUUUCUAUUCCUCUCAACCGAUUGAUCUUGAAAAGGAGAUUGUGACUUGUUCGUUAUCCGUAGUUAGUGAUGAUUCUCUGACGGCUGAUUUGAGAGAAAUAACAUGGGAUAAUAGACAAACUAUGACGUUAUUUAAUCGUAACAGAGAUGCGCAAAUAAAUGAACGAUGUGAUACAAUAAUAGAAGACCAAACGUCUUCAAUAGCAAAUGAAUUAAGCGGAAACAUAACAAUAGUUAUUAUUUAUUCAGUCAAAACUGAAUACACAAAAUAUAAAUGUGAUUUAGAAGAAGAAAAAACUUUACAAGACACUUUUAUUUAUCAGAAAAGAGGUUUUGAUUUCAUUGUGAAAAAUAUAGGAAGAGUGGCUAUGAAAAUUUUAUGGAAUUUCAUUGUUGACGAUGAAUUUCCUGUUAGAAUUAAAAAGUCAGCCUUGAGGGAUGCUCCGACAGGAUCUUCUGAAAGUUUACACAGAACCAAUGAUACAGACACAGGUGUUGUAGAAAGAGUUAUCGAACAUAUUAAUAAUGAUCCUAGCAAGAUGACAUUAUUUAGCGGCAGUUUAAGCAGGGACAGUGUGGAUACUUGGUUCGAAGUUGAUUUACCGUUCCACAUAGAACCUGAGAAAGCGUGUUUGAAUCCUAACGAAAGUCAAAUCUUUAAAGUAACUUUUUCACCGCAAGAUGCUUUCUUGUUUAAAGUUAGAUUACAAAGCACUAUAGAUAAUUUAGAUCCAUACGAUCAAAACAUAACCUGCAAAAUGACAGCUAGAUCUUUUAUCCCUUACGUACAUCUGGAUAUUGAAGAAAGUGAUUAUUUAACAUCGGGAAAAAGAAAGGCGACAGGAGCGUUACCCCCGAAUACAAUGGUGUUAGAAUUUAAAGUCCUUGGACCUGGAUGCUAUAAAAAAUCGUUUAGUGUAAUUAAUCCUACAAGUCAAUCUUAUGAAUUCAUAUUCGAAGUGGUGAUGUCGGAGGCGCAAGAGUUUGUUCCUGUCCAUUGCAAUAAAUUAAAAGGUUAUGUGGAAGGCGGUACAUCUACUGACGUUGUAUUUUCAUUUUCACCGCCAGCACCCGGGAUUUACGAAUCUCAAUGGAAAUUUUUAAUUCCUAUGCAUUCGCUUGUUAUAAAUUUACUAGUUGUAGGUUUUGUAAGGGAAUCGAACGUGGUCUUUGUACCGACGAUUUUAUUAAUAAGAAAUUCUCUGGUUGGAUUUACAAGUGAGAAUGUGGUGAAAUUGAAGAAUAACGAGGACGAAUGUUUAACAUUCGAAUUUAAAGGGAAUUCGCUAUGUGAUGAGUCAGGAGAAACUCCUGUGGUGAUAAUGCCUGAACGUGGAAUAUUAAAACCACACUCCGAAACCCCAAUCAAUAUAAUUUAUACUCCAAUAUACGAUGGUCCGUUAUCCUUCAAGAUUUUCUGCAGCGUUAAACAUCUGACAAAAGUGUUAACGUUGUGUGUCAAUGCUCUAAGCUAUUCUAUAAAGCCUAUAGUUACUUAUUAUCUUAUUGGUAAUGAACACACACUUAAAAGUGAAGCUGUUACGAAUAUUCAUUUGGAUAAGACUGCAUCAACCUAUGAAAGAACAGUUCCGUUUAUAAUAAAGAACGAUGGUUCUGCAACGUUUUUCUUCGAGUGGCAUUACUCUAGUACACCCGUUAAGAAGUAUUUAAAAGUGGACAUAGAACCGAACAUCGGUCACGUCGCGCCAGGAAACCAAAUUGAGUGCAUUCUGCAUUUUAAUCUUAAACAAGUGCCUGUGCAUGCUUUCCCUGUUACAUUGUCUAUAGUAGACGGUCCUGAAUACGAAAUUUAUCUUCAUGCGGAAAUUGAAAAGCCUAAAUAUAAUUUCUCGUGUAUGGAAUUUGACUUUGGAAAAUGUAUUGUAAAUGCCCCGGAGACUACGUAUAGAAAAAAUAUUGCUUUUGAAAAUUCUGAUGAAGUACCUUUAAUUGUUGACCUAAACUUUUCCAACUUACCGGAGCUGUAUGUGCAGUACAACAAAGAGUAUGCAGUAGAGCCGAAAGAACGUAUGAAAAUAUCAAUUUACUUCCGCCCUAGAGAAGUGAAAAUGUAUGAAUUCAAGUUACAAUUCUGGGUGAAUACGUUAUGUGAAGAAAUUGUUACUGUUAGAGGAGAAGGCGUACCACUGUUGUUUGAUUUAUACGAUGGCUGCCAGAAAAGCUUUGAUUUGGGUCCUGUUAAAGUUGGUGAUAAAAUAGUGCGUCAAAUAGAAGUAAUGAAUCAUAGCAAAGUGCCGAUAGAUGCGAGCUUCUCUUUCAAAGACACGUACGCUUUAGUCGACGAUACAAAUAAGUCUGAAGCAACAAGCAUUUGUUUAGGAUUCAGAGCCAGUGUUCAAGGAAGUGAUCCUGGACAUGACAGGGAUGAAAUGCUAAAAGCCUAUAAGGAGGAUAAAAUUCAAGAGCAAAUAGCUUUAGAUGUACAGAACGCACUUUCAUCAUUGAAAGUUAUACCAAAUAAGUGCACCAUACAACCUUACCACAAGGUUCCUUUGAAGAUACAAUUCAAGCCUGUUGGCAUUAUGACUAAAUUAAACGUUCAGUUAAUGAUGAAAGUGUUUCAUUUCGAACGUCCUUUGGUACAACUGAGCGGUAGUGCGACAGGCAUGAGUCUUUGCCUCAGUCAGAACUCAUUACAAUUCGGCCGCGUUCGCAAACGAGGCUGCAAGAUAUUAAAAGUCAUGUUACAGAAUAAAGGAGAUUUUAGCGCUCGGUUCUGGUGGCAGCCACUGAAAACAGCCGAAUUCACGAUAUCUCCCAUCGAAGGUAACAUUGCCGCGCGGACUGAUGUUACCUUUACCGUUACCUUCAGGCCGGCAAACAAUAAUCCCUUUAUUAAAGUUUGGGCCAGUUGUAAUAUUGAAAAUUAUAAGCCUUUAGAACUGGCUCUGUACGCGACGUGUAUUGACGCUGGCGCCGUGCAGAAUAAAACUAUCAUUAUGGAAUGUCCCGUUCGAGAAAUACAGACCGAACAUCUUGUGGUCACUAACCCAACGGAUGAAAUGUGGCUGGUAUUGUCGGAGGUGACGGGGGAUGCAUUUACCACCCUCAAAGAGUUUAAUAUUGAAGCUAACACGACAUUCGAUAUACCAAUUUACUUCAAGCCCAAAUAUUUCGGUAAACAUGAGGGUCAAGUGUUGUACUCACCUCUUGGAGAGAGCGCUCUCUUUAUCAAUCUUAUCGGUAUCGCCACACACCCGAACUCCAACGGGAAUCUAUCCCUUAUUGUCAAAGAAAAGGACGUGCAUACUGAAGAAUUGUUAGUUUAUAAUAUAACAGAGUUUCCCGAAUCGUACAUUGUUACGUCGGAAAUUGUAAAGAUCUUUCCGGACAAGUACGAGGGUUACUAUGAGAUAAAACAUCCGGACACAAUCAAGGUGUGGGGCGAGGCGACAGCGACCUGCCGCUGGUCCUUUGUUUGUUAUGAACAAUGCGAAAUGGAGGCAAAGGUUACAUUUACAAAUGAAGAAACACGCGAAUAUCAAUUCUAUAACAUUACAAUAACAGUGAUACCUAGCGGAAUCAAGGGGACCAUGAUAUUUGAGUCCCGCGCGCGCGAGUCCGUGCAGAAAGAGCUGUCGAUCUUCAAUCCUCUCAGCACAGAGGCUGAGUUCAACAUACAUUGCGAGAACUUAGACAGCUCUGAAGUGAUUAAGAUUAAUAGGAAUUCUAAAGCGCCUAUAACUCUGACGUAUGCUCCACUUGUGGUUGGUGAAACGGAAGAAUAUUUGCAAGUUUUUAACCCCCUAGUCGGUGUUUACAUGUACAAAGUGACGCUUAUAUGUUUGCCGGCUAAGGAAAAGAAUUUAGAAUUUACAACGUCAAUUGGAUCCUCAGUCCCUCUUAGGUUAAGGGUGCAGAAUAAGACAGAUCUGAAAGCGGAGUUUUAUAUUACGGUUUCCCAUCCUUCGAUUAUGAUUGAUGAAAAAUACGCACUUGGUCCCUUGGAGAAAGGUAAAGUUCAGGCUUGGUUUGAGCCAACUGAUGUUGGCUGCCAAGAUUGCAGGGUUUCUUUGAACUCACCCACUGCUGGGGAAUUUGUGUACAACAUAAAAGGUAUAGGCACGAAACCAAAACCUCAGGGACCGUACUUGGUGAAAAGAGGCGAUUUCACGACAAUUACGUUCAAAAACGUGUUUAUGGACACGAGAACUUUUAAAUUCAGCGUCGAUCAAGAAGAAUUUUAUUUGAAAUCAGUAUACGAAACAGUGAAACCAAAAAAGGAGUUUUAUUUGCCAGUUUACCUUAUUCAAACACCAGAUGACGAAGUUCCUACCGGAUGUCUCACUAUAGAGACCCACGAGCCGAGUGAACCAAAAGUUCACUGGACUUUCUUUCUACAAGGCGUACCUUAAAUGUUUUCUUAAGGUUAUGAUUUUUUAAUUUAUUGAAAUAAAAACCAAUAAAUCAUGUCAAGAAUGUGUUUUAUUACCAA